GGCUCUUGAAGCCACGUAGCCGCGCGACUCCAGCAAGCAACGCAGCAGCCGCCACCACCACCGCCUCACGAUGGGAGAGGUGCACCUAGCCAGGCACAUGUUCCUGUGGGGCAUGAGCGCCAUUUACCUGUUCGCCUUCGCCUCUCUCUACGUGCAGAUCCCAGGUCUGUACGGCCGCGAGGGCAUCCUCCCCGCGCGCAAGCAGCUGAGCCCCCAGGGCAAGCCGGAGGCGCAACUGAUGUGGGAGCGCCCCACGCUGCUGUGGCUGGCGCCGCGCCUGGGCCUGGACGUGGAGCAGGGCAUGGAGCUGGCGUGCCUGCUGGGCGCGGGCCUCUCGCUCUCCGCAAUGGUCUUUGAGCCGAUGCGCGACGCCUUCACCUUCCUGUGCCUCUGGGUGCUCUACCUGUCGCUCUACCAGGUUGGACAGGUGUUCCUUUAUUUCCAGUGGGACAACCUGCUACUGGAGACCGGCUUCCUGACGAUGCUGGCGGCCCCGCUCCGGCUGGUCAAGUGGCGCCCGGCCACCCAGCGGCCGCACGAUGGCCUCACCUUCUGGCUGCUGCGCUGGCUCCUCUUCCGUCUCAUGUUCGCGUCAGGGGUCGUCAAGCUCACCAGCCGAUGCCCCACGUGGUGGACGCUGUCCGCCCUGAACUUCCACUACGAGAGCCAGUGCAUCCCUACACCGGCGGCGUGGUUUGCCCACCACCUCCCUGGCUGGGUGCAGCAGCUGAGCGUGGUGGCCACCUACGCCAUCGAAGUGCCCGUGCCCGUGCUGUUCUUCUGCCCGCUGCGCCGCGUGCGCAUCUUCUCCUUCUACGCGCAGGUCCUGCUGCAGCUGAUGAUCAUCGUCACCGGCAACUACAACUUCUUCAACCUCCUCACGCUGGUGCUGUGCCUGUCCCUGCUGGACGACCGCCACGCCUCGUGGCUGCUGCGCCAGCGUCGCCCCCCCCAGCAGCUCAAGGGUCAGCAGGCGUCACCCUGGUUUGACCGGCUGGCGUGGCUGGCCGAGUGCGGUGUGUACGGCGCACUCGUCUUCUGGACCGUCACUUACUUCAACCUCAAGGUGGACUGGGAGAGGGGCGUCGUGGAGUCCAAGAUCGGUUUCACCUACUAUGACUUCAUGGGCUGGCUCAAAGAUGCCGUGCCCAUCACCAUGUGGAUCGGAGGCCUGUCGCUGGCAUGGGAGGCUUUGGCAGCGCUCUACCGCUGUGCGUGCCAGCGCGGAUUCUUCUGGAAGUUUUGGACGACGCUGCAGUGCGCCAUCUUCCUCUUGGCCACGGCCGGGAUGUUCACCAUCAGCCUGGUGCCGUACACGUACCUGCAGCAGGACGCGCACGCGGCCCUGUGGCCCGGCGUGCGUCGCGCCCACUCCUCCCUCGAGCACCUGCACCUCACGGGAUCCUACGGGCUCUUCCGCCGCAUGACCGGGGUCGGGGGUCGCCCGGAGGUCGUCAUCGAGGGCAGCCACAGCAUGAGCGGCGGCUGGAAGGAGCUGGAGUUCAUGUACAAGCCGGGCAACGUGAGCGCCGCGCCUCCCGUCGUGGCGCCCCACCAGCCGCGCCUCGACUGGCAGAUGUGGUUCGCCGCCCUUGGAGACCAGCAGCACAGCCCCUGGUUCAGCAGCCUCCUCUACCGCCUGCUGCAGGGCAAGCGCAACGUGGAGCGCCUGCUGCAGGUGGACAGGAGCCGCUACCCGUUCAGCGACCGCCCCCCCACGUUCGUGCGAGCCCAGCUCUACAAGUACUCCUACACGAGCCCCGACAAGGACGGGUCGAUGCCGGGCGAGUGGUGGCGCCGCGAGUUGGUCUCGGAGUUCUACCCGGCCGUCUUCCUCGGAGACCCCACCUUCGACGCCGUGCUCCGGCAACACGACUUCAAGGACCGCGGAAAGCCGAGGCAGGAGCCGGAGGGCGAUUCCCCGGCGCCGAUCCCGCAGCUGCUGAGCGGCGUGCGCGCCCUCGGCGAGCCGUACACGGGGCCCACCGUCGUCUGGUCGCUCUUCUCCGCCGCGGUGGCGGCCGUGGCGCUCGCGGCGCUCUUCAGACGGGCCCUGGCGCCGCGGCGGCCCCCGGCGGCGGCGGCGAACGGCGGCGGGGAUUCCGGCGCCAAGCAGCGCAGCAGGGCGGACGAUGGCGGGAGCGGCGGCGCCCGCGGCAAGGCCGGCGGCGCCGCCGCCGCGUCCUCUCCCAACGCCGGCAAGGGCAAGAGCAAGAAGAGAGACUGA